AUCUCCCUGAAGGAAAUCCACACAGGAUUAUAAAAUCACAUGAAAAAGAAACAGAAGUCUGGUGUCAGUGAUGUAUACAGCAGUAUUACACAAAUCUGUCAGAGUGUCUGGGGUUAGUGGGUGUUAUUACAUUACCCAGGUGUCAACAGACCGGGUCUGGAUCAGUGAUAAUGAAGGCAAUCUCAUCUUAACAAACACGAGAGGUGUUACACUAGAUAAAGUGACAGGUUUAUAUCAAUAUGGUUAUGGAGUACAUACUGUGACUCGGGAUAGUGCUGUGAUUUAUAUAGACAGUGACCGUAACAUCAUAAAACGAUCUAAAGAUAAAGAAAAGACCAAAGUGAUACCAUACACAUCACCAUGGGAACCACACAGUGUCUACAGCUCCCCCUCCACUGGACACUUGCUGGUCGGGAUGUAUAAUACUGAUACAUAUACAGGCCAGGUAAACCGUUACACCAACACUGGAGAACACAUACAGACCAUACAGCACGACAACACAGGUCAGGGACUGUAUGAAUAUCCUGGAUACAUCACAGAGAACCGCAAUGGAGAUGUUAUUGUGUCUGACUUUUACCGUGAUGCUGUAGUGGUGACAGACAGUACAGGGAGACAUCGCUUCUCCUACACAGGUCAUCCAUCAGGAUCAGGACUAGAUCCACGUGGAAUCUGUACUGACGCGCUGUCACACAUCCUGGUGUGUGAUGUUAGAACCGACACAGUACAUAUCAUUGACCAGGACGGUAACUACGUGACAAUGUUAGGGAGAGAACAACACGGGAUAUACAAACCAUACGGCCUGAGUUAUGAUUGUGAUACACAGCUUCUCUGGGUUGGAUCAUGGGGCAACAACAAAGUAAACAUUUACAGACUUAUCAAUGAAGGGGACAAUCUGACUGAUAAAGUGGAUGAGUUAAAAACGUUCUUGAGAAAGGAGAAGACAACCGUGUCCCAUGCCAGAGGAAUACUUGUUGGAUGUGCUGAGGCUGGAAAAACAACGCUACUGAAGAGAUUAAGAGGGCAAAGUCAGAAUGAUGGUGAAGUUACAGAGUCCACCAGGGGACUGGAAGUCCAUCAACAUCUUUUCAUUGUAAAAGACAGAAAGUUAGAAG